UCUUAUGUUUAAUUCACAGCCAGGGAGAUGGAAUGAUCCUCGACAAACACGGCUGUACCUUGGGAGAGUAUUCCUGUGUCUUCGCUCUGGAGAUUGCACCCUCUCUGGCUCUGCACUGAUCUGGGGGAGGUGGACUAACUCCAAUGCUGCACCAUGGCCAAGGGAAACAAGCAGUCAAAAGAGCCCAAAGGCCGGAAGAUCACACUGAAGAUGGCAAAGCUGGCGCUGAAGCUGACCGUGGACGGCAAACGUCGGCUGGACCUCAGCAACAUGGAGAUCGCCAGCUUUCCCAAGUGCAUCCUGAAGCUGUGUGAUGUGGACGAGCUGGACCUGAGCCGCAACAUGCUCAAGAAGAUCCCUGACUCCAUCGACAAGUUCGUCAACCUCCGCUCGCUGGAUCUCCACACCAACCAGCUGGACCACGUUCCGGAAGCUAUCGGGCACCUCCAGAACCUAAACAGCCUCAACCUGUGUAACAACCUACUGAGCAGUAUAGGACUCCCCAAAGAGAUUGGCCUCCUGCAGAAGCUGAGGAGCCUCAACCUGGGCAUGAACCUCCUUGAAAGCAUCCCGUCCUCCAUCGCAGCCCUCAAGGAGCUGCGCCACCUGGGCCUGUUCAACAACCGCCUGACCCGGGUGCCCGAGUGCCUCCGCAACCUGCCCCACCUUGAGAGCGUCAACCUGAAGUGUAACCCAAUCCCCUCGGGGGAUGACAAAGGCAUAGACCCCAUCCAGAGGGUGGAAUGUCUGUACCUGGUGAGGGAGAGCUGCCUGUGUACCUCCUGCCUCAAGAAGGUCAAAGACGCCAGGCAGAGGUUGGACAGCAGGCUAAGCAGAGCCCCUGCUCAUGGGAGGUCCAUCUUCGCCGGCCUGAUCACACCCAACUCGGUGGCGCAGGAGGACCAGGCCACCUGGAGUAAGGAAUCACACUAGGCCCAAGACAACAACAUCCCAGACAUAGUUUUUAUUUAGUAUUUUACCAG